GGCGGGGGGCGGCGCCUCAGAACCAAGGCAGGAGGGAUGGUCGGGUGGGAGAAAGGGCUCCGCAUCCAUUUUGAGCCGGGGAGCUGUUGGCUCGAGGAGGAUGAUGUUGAUAUCCCAAAUAGACGUGUCCUAAUUACUGGUGCCACUGGACUACUUGGCAGAGCUGUUUAUAAAGAAUUUAAAGUAAAUAAUUGGAAUGCUCUUGGCUGUGGGUACAGUAGAGCUCGACCUUUGUUUGAACAAGUUAAUCUUUUGGAUCCUGUUGCUAUUCACAGUGUAAUCCAAGAUUUUCAGCCUCAUGUGAUAAUACAUUGUGCAGCUGAGAGAAGGCCAGAUAUUGUAGACAGUCAACCAGAUGCUGCUGCUCAGCUCAAUGUGACUGCUUCAGGAGUCAUAGCAAAAGAAGCAGCUCAAGUGGGAGCAUUUCUGAUCUACAUUAGUACAGACUAUGUAUUUGAUGGAACAAAUCCUCCAUACAAGGAAAAUGAUGUACCAAAUCCUCUAAAUCUCUAUGGCAGAACUAAACUAGAAGGUGAAAGAGCAGUUUUAAAAAACAAUGAAGGUGCUGCUGUGCUUAGAAUUCCUAUUUUAUAUGGAGAAGUUGAAAAGUUGGAGGAGAGUGCUGUGACAGUUAUGUUUGAUAAAGUGCAAUUCAAUAACAAAUCAGCCAAUAUGGAUCAUUGGCAGCAGAGGUUUCCUACCUAUGUCAAGGAUGUAGCCAUUGUUUGCCAACAGCUAGCUGAGAGGAGAAUGGUGGAUCCAUCCAUUAAGGGAACAUUUCACUGGUCUGGUAAUGAGCAGAUGACCAAGUUUGAAAUGGCAUGUGCCAUGGCUGAUGCUUUCAAUCUUCCUAGUAGCCACUUGAGACCAAUUACAGAUAGCCCAGUCCUGGGUGCUCCUCGUCCCAAGAAUGCUCAGCUUGACUGUUCCCGUCUUCUGAUGUUGGGCAUUGGUCAGCAUACUCCAUUUCAAGUUGGGAUCAAGGAAUCACUUUGGCCUUUCCUCACUGACAAGAGAUGGAGACAGACAGUCUUCCACUAGCUUGUAAAUAUUUUAGUGUAAGUAUGGUAUGAGGCACUUUUUUAAAAUGGGGAGAAAGAAUAGUUUUGUAUUGAGCAUUCUUUGUUUCAAGUUCAAUCAGGUAAAAAUAUGGUCUUGCACUAGUGAAAUUGUAAGAAGUAUUGGCAAAAAAAUGAUCCUUGUUUGAAGCUGUUAAUAUUCAUUUAUGUUUAUCACUGGCUUAUGAUAAAUAUCUAGUCAUCUACAAUUAUUGCAGUCAUCAGUAAUGUGGUAUGAGAAUGUUUCCUCACAUGCAAUUUUUGUGUUUAAAAUUGUUGGAUAGAAUCUCUCUUGGCAUUUAUUUUCUUGAUUAUUAUAAAUAAAUAAACAUUGUAAUGCAAAACAUUAAUGUUUCCAAUGCAAUUUGAAAUUAAAGUGAAAAGCACUGGAGCUGCUUUAGAUAUUAAAACAUUCUAAUAAAGUAAACUUUAUUUUUGUUUGGAAUGAAUGUAUAUUUCACAUGUUUUCACAUUGUGCUGCAUCUUGAAACUCCAGCUUUGUAUGAAACAGUUCACUACCCUUUCUCAAAAAUGCUAUUGUAUAUGCACACUGAUGUAUAUUAACUGAUCUUAUUUACCAUGUCAUAAAAGAGGUACAUUUUUCCUGCAAUUUACUUAUUAAUAUUUGGAUCUGGUAAAAUCCUAUAAACCAUUCAGACCAUUCAAAGAACUAUUCAUUUAUUCAGUUCCAAAUAUUUACAGAAUCUUACUUGUUUAGCUGAAAAGAGAUAUAUCAGAAUUAUCUCUCAUUCAUCCCCAAAGCAUACUAGCAGAUGGAGUGACAACAUUAAGUAGUAUACUAUACUAUAAGUAAAAGGCAAAGCCUGAAAUGCAGUUACUUAAACUGUUAAUACAGCUUAAUAUUGAAUGAAUAUCCACUUUAAGUUUUUACAAUUUAAAUGCAAAUUUAGUGUUUUUACAUCAGUAAAAUAUUGGGAGUAUUACAAGGAUUCCCCUAAAAUAAAAAAACCAAGAUAUUUUAUGACAGCAUCUUUUCCCUACUACUCCCUGAUCUUCCAAGCUAAUGUACCCAAGAAAAAAAUUCUAUACUUGUGACUUUUCCUUCAAAAUAUGUUGAUAGAGCAGCAGUCUAACUAAAAAAAUACUUUGAGGCCUCUUGAUUCAGUUCCUUCACAUAAGAAAAUACUGCCUUAUCAAUACUCUUGAUAAUGCUUUGCUAAAAAAUAUAAAAUUAAAGAAGUAUCACUAGCAUAGUAAACAUGUUAUACUUCUUGACAAUCUCUUGUGGAAAUUAGAGGCAUUUUUUAAAAAAACUUAACUGUUCCUAAAAAUUGGAAGGCAUUACAAAAGCAUAUAUAUUAGAAUUUAAUUUAAUAGAUAU